AUGGGCGCCUCCUCCUCACAGCCCCCCAGAGCAGCGGCGCCUCCUCCUCACAGCCCCCCAGAGCAGCGGCGCCUCCUCCUCAAAGCCCCCCAGAGCAGCGGCGCCUCCUCCUCACAGCCCCCCCAGAGCAGCGGCGCCUCCUCCUCACAGCCCCCCAGAGCAUGGGCGCCUCCUCCUCCACCACCCCAGAGCAGCGGCGCCUUCUCCUCACAGCCUCCCAGAGCAUGGGCGCCUCCUCCUCACAGCCCCCAGAGCAGCGGCGCCUCCUCCUCACAGCCCCCCAGAGCAUGGGCGCCUCCUCCUCACAGCCCCCCAGAGCAGCGGCACCUCCUCCUCACAGCCCCCCAGAGCAUGGGCGCCUCCUCCUCACAGCCCCCCAGAGCAGCGGCGCCUCCUCCUCACAGCCCCCCAGAGCAUGGGCGCCUCCUCCUCACAGCCCCCCAGAGCAUGGGCUCCUCCUCCUCACAGGCCCCCCAGAGCAGCGGCGCCUCCUCCUCACAGCCCCCCAGAGCAGCGGCGCCUCCUCCUCACAGCCCCCCAGAGCAGCGGCGCCUCCUCCUCACAGCCCCCCAGAGCAUGGGCGCCUCCUCCUCACAGCCCCCCAGAGCAUGGGCGCCUCCUCCUCACAGCCCCCCAGAGCAUGGGCGCCUCCUCCUCACAGCCCCCCAGAGCAUGGGCGCCUCCUCCUCACAGCCCCCCAGAGCAGCGGCGCCUCCUCCUCACAGCCCCCCCAGAGCAUGUUUGCCUCCUCCUCACAGCCCCCCAGAGCAAGGGCGCCUCCUCCUCAUAGCCCCACAGAGCAUGGGCGCCUCCUCCUCACAGCCCCCCAGAGCAUGGGCGCCUCCUCCUCACAGCCCCCCCAGAGCAUGGGCGCCUCCUCCUCACAGCCCCCCAGAGCAUGGGCGCCUCCUCCUCACAGUCCCCCAGAGCAUGGGCGCCUCCUCCUCACAGCCCCCCAGAGCAGCGGCGCCUCCUCCUCACAGCCCCCCAGAGCAGCGGCGCCUCUCCCUCACAGCCCCCCAGAGCAGCGGCGCCUCCUCCUCACAGCCCCCAAGAGCAGCAGCGCCUCCUCCUCACAGCCCCCCAGAGCAGCGGCGCCUCCUCCUCACAGCCCCCCCAGAGCAGCGGCGCCUCCUCCUCACAGCCCCCCAGAGCAUGGGCGCCUCCUCUUCACAGCACCCCAGAGCAUGGGCGCCUCCUCCUCACAGCCCCCCAGAGCAUGGGCGCCUCCUCCUCACAGCCCCCCCAGAGCAUGGCCGCCUCCUCCUCACAGCCCCCCAGAGCAGCGGCGCCUCCUCCUCACAGCCCCCCAGAGCAGCGGCGCCUCCUCCUCACAGCCCCCCCAGAGCAUGGGCGCCUCCUCCUCACAGCCCCCCAGAGCAUGGCCGCCUCCUCCUCACAGCCCCCCAGAGCAUGGGCGCCUCCUCCUCACAGCCUCCCAGAGCAGCGGCGCCUCCUCCUCACAGCCCCCCAGAGCAGCGGCCCCUCUCCCUCACAGCCCCCCAGAUCAGCGGCGCCUCCUCCUCACAGCCCCCCAGAGCAGCGGCGCCUCCUCCUCACAGCCCCCCAGAGCAUGGGCGCCUCCUCCUCACAGCACACCAGAGCAUGGGCGCGUCCUCCUCACAGCCCCCCAGAGCAUGGGCGCCUCCUCCUCACAGCCCCCCAGAGCAGCGGCGCCUCUCCCUCACAGCCCCCCAGAGCAGCGGCGCCUCCUCCUCACAGCCCCCCAGAGCAACGACGCCUCCUCCUCACAGCCCCCCAGAGCAUGGGCGCCUCCUCCUCACAGCCCCCCAGAGCAUGGGCGCCUCCUCCUCACAGCCCCCCAGAGCAGCGGCGCCUCCUCCUCACAGCCCCCCAGAGCAGCGGCGCCUCCUCCUCAAAGCCCCCCAGAGCAUGGGCGCCUCCUCCUCACAGCCCCCCAGAGCAUGGGCGCCUCCUCCUCACAGCCCCCCAGAGCAUGGGCGCCUCCUCCUCACAGCCCCCCAGAGCAGCGGCGCCUCCUCCUCACAGCCCCCCAGAGCAUGGGCGCCUCCUCCUCACAGCCCCCCAGAGCAGCGGCGCCUCCUCCUCACAGCCCCCCAGAGCAUGGGCGCCUCCACCUCACAGUCCCCCAGAGCAUGGGCGCCUCCUCCUCACAGCCCCCCAGAGCAUGGGCGCCUCCUCCUCACAGCCCCCCAGAGCAUGGGCGCCUCCUCCUCACAGCCCCCCAGAGCAGCGGCACCUCCUCCUCACAGCCCCCAGAGCAUGGGCGCCUCCUCCUCACAGCCCCCCAGAGCAGCGGCGCCUCCUCCUCACAGCCCCCCAGAGCAUGGGCGCCUCCUCCUCACAGCCCCCCAGAGCAUGGGCGCCUCCUCCUCACAGGCCCCCAGAAGCAGCGGCGCCUCCUCCUCACAGCCCCCCAGAGCAGCGGCGCCUCCUCCUCACAGCCCCUCAGAGCAGCGGCGCCUCCUCCUCACAGCCCCCCAGAGCAUGGGCGCCUCCUCCUCACAGCCCCCCAGAGCAUGGGCGCCUCCUCCUCACAGCCCCCCAGAGCAUGGGCGCCUCCUCCUCACAGCCCCCCAGAGCAUGGGCGCCUCCUCCUCACAGCCCCCCAGAGCAGCGGCGCCUCCUCCUCACAGCCCCCCCAGAGCAUGUUUGCCUCCUCCUCACAGCCCCCCAGAGCAAGGGCGCCUCCUCCUCAUAGCCCCACAGAGCAUGGGCGCCUCCUCCUCACAGCCCCCCAGAGCAUGGGCGCCUCCUCCUCACAGCCCCCCCAGAGCAUGGGCGCCUCCUCCUCACAGCCCCCCAGAGCAUGGGCGCCUCCUCCUCACAGUCCCCCAGAGCAUGGGCGCCUCCUCCUCACAGCCCCCCAGAGCAGCGGCGCCUCCUCCUCACAGCCCCCCAGAGCAGCGGCGCCUCUCCCUCACAGCCCCCCAGAGCAGCGGCGCCUCCUCCUCACAGCCCCCAAGAGCAGCAGCGCCUCCUCCUCACAGCCCCCCAGAGCAGCGGCGCCUCCUCCUCACAGCCCCCCCAGAGCAGCGGCGCCUCCUCCUCACAGCCCCCCAGAGCAUGGGCGCCUCCUCUUCACAGCACCCCAGAGCAUGGGCGCCUCCUCCUCACAGCCCCCCAGAGCAUGGGCGCCUCCUCCUCACAGCCCCCCCAGAGCAUGGCCGCCUCCUCCUCACAGCCCCCCAGAGCAGCGGCACCUCCUCCUCACAGCCCCCCAGAGCAUGGGCGCCUCCUCCUCACAGCCCCCCAGAGCAGCGGCGCCUCCUCCUCACAGCCCCCCAGAGCAUGGGCGCCUCCUCCUCACAGCCCCCCAGAGCAUGGGCUCCUCCUCCUCACAGGCCCCCAGAGCAGCGGCGCCUCCUCCUCACAGCCCCCCAGAGCAGCGGCGCCUCCUCCUCACAGCCCCCCAGAGCAGCGGCGCCUCCUCCUCACAGCCCCCCAGAGCAUGGGCGCCUCCUCCUCACAGCCCCCCAGAGCAUGGGCGCCUCCUCCUCACAGCCCCCAGAGCAUGGGCGCCUCCUCCUCACAGCCCCCCAGAGCAUGGGCGCCUCCUCCUCACAGCCCCCCAGAGCAGCGGCGCCUCCUCCUCACAGCCCCCCCAGAGCAUGUUUGCCUCCUCCUCACAGCCCCCCAGAGCAAGGGCGCCUCCUCCUCAUAGCCCCACAGAGCAUGGGCGCCUCCUCCUCACAGCCCCCCAGAGCAUGGGCGCCUCCUCCUCACAGCCCCCCCAGAGCAUGGGCGCCUCCUCCUCACAGCCCCCCAGAGCAUGGGCGCCUCCUCCUCACAGUCCCCCAGAGCAUGGGCGCCUCCUCCUCACAGCCCCCCAGAGCAGCGGCGCCUCCUCCUCACAGCCCCCCAGAGCAGCGGCGCCUCUCCCUCACAGCCCCCCAGAGCAGCGGCGCCUCCUCCUCACAGCCCCCAAGAGCAGCAGCGCCUCCUCCUCACAGCCCCCCAGAGCAGCGGCGCCUCCUCCUCACAGCCCCCCCAGAGCAGCGGCGCCUCCUCCUCACAGCCCCCCAGAGCAUGGGCGCCUCCUCUUCACAGCACCCCAGAGCAUGGGCGCCUCCUCCUCACAGCCCCCCAGAGCAUGGGCGCCUCCUCCUCACAGCCCCCCCAGAGCCUGGCCGCCUCCUCCUCACAGCCCCCCAGAGCAGCGGCGCCUCCUCCUCACAGCCCCCCAGAGCAGCGGCGCCUCCUCCUCACAGCCCCCCCAGAGCAUGGGCGCCUCCUCCUCACAGCCUCCCAGAGCAGCGGCGCCUCCUCCUCACAGCCCCCCAGAGCAGCGGCCCCUCUCCCUCACAGCCCCCCAGAUCAGCGGAGCCUCCUCCUCACAGCCCCCCAGAGCAGCGGCGCCUCCUCCUCACAGCCCCCCAGAGCAUGGGCGCCUCCUCCUCACAGCACACCAGAGCAUGGGCGCGUCCUCCUCACAGCCCCCCAGAGCAUGGGCGCCUCCUCCUCACAGCCCCCCAGAGCAGCGGCGCCUCUCCCUCACAGCCCCCCAGAGCAGCGGCGCCUCCUCCUCACAGCCCCCCAGAGCAACGACGCCUCCUCCUCACAGCCCCCCAGAGCAUGGGCGCCUCCUCCUCACAGCCCCCCAGAGCAUGGGCGUCUCCUCCUCACAGCCCCCCAGAGCAUGGGCGCCUCCUCCUCACAGCCCCCCAGAGCAUGGGCGCCUCCUCCUCACAGUCCCCCAGAGCAGCGGCGCCUCCUCCUCAAAGCCCCCCAGAGCAUGGGCGCCUCCUCCUCACAGCCCCCCAGAGCAUGGGCGCCUCCUCCUCACAGCCCCCCAGAGCAUGGGCGCCUCCUCCUCACAGCCCCCCAGAGCAGCGGCGCCUCCUCCUCACAGCCCCCCAGAGCAUGGGCGCCUCCUCCUCACAGCCCCCCAGAGCAGCGGCGCCUCCUCCUCACAGCCCUCCAGAGCAUGGGCGCCUCCUCCUCACAGCCCCCCAGAGCAUGGGCGCCUCCUCCUCACAGCCCCCCAGAGCAUGGGCGCCUCCUCCUCACAGCCCCCCAGAGCAUGGGCGCCUCCUCCUCACAGCCCCCCAGAGCAUCGGCGCCUCCUCCUCACAGCCCCCCAGAGCAUGGGCGCCUCCACCUCACAGCCCCCCAGAGCAUGGGCGCCUCCUCCUCACAGCCCCCCAGAGCAUGGGCGCCUCCUCCUCACAGCCCCCCAGAGCAUGGGCGCCUCCUCCUCACAGCCCCCCAGAGCAGCGGCGCCUCCUCCUCACAGCCCUCCAGAGCAGCGGCGCCUCCUCCUCACAGCCCCCCAGAGCAUGGGCGCCUCCUCCUCACAGCCCCCCAGAGCAUGGGCGCCUCCUCCUCACAGCCCCCCAGAGCAGCGGCACCUCCUCCUCACAGCCCCCCAGAGCAUGGGCGCCUCCUCCUCACAGCCCCCCAGAGCAGCGGCGCCUCCUCCUCACAGGCCCCCAGAGCAGCGGCGUCUCCUCCUCACAGCCCCCCAGAGCAUGGGCGCCUCCUCCUCACAGCCCCCUAGAGCAGCGGCGCCUCCUCCUCACAGCCAUCCAGAGCAGCGGCUCCUCCUCCUCACAGCCCCCCAGAGCAUGGGCGCCUCCUCCUCACAGCUCCCCAGAGCAGCGGCUCCUCCUCCUCACAGCCCCCCAGAGCAGCGGCGCCUCCUCCUCACAGCCCCCCAGAGCAUGGGCGCCUCCUCUUCACAGCACCCCAGAGCAUGGGCGCCUCCUCCUCACAGCCCUCCAGAGCAUGGGCGCCUCCUCCUCACAGCCCCCCCAGAGCAUGGCCGCCUCCUCCUCACAGCCCCCCAGAGCAUGGGCGCCUCCUCCUCACAGCCCCCCAGAGCAUGGGCGCCUCCUCCUCACAGCCCCCCAGAGCAGCGGCGCCUCCUCCUCACAGCCCUCCAGAGCAGCGGCGCCUCCUCCUCACAGCCCCCCAGAGCAUGGGCGCCUCCUCCUCACAGCCCCCCAGAGCAUGGGCGCCUCCUCCUCAAAGCCCCCCAGAGCAUGGGCGCCUCCUCCUCACAGCCCCCCAGAGCAUGUUCGCCUCGUCCUCACAGCCCCCCAGAGCAUGGGCGCCUCCUCCUCACAGCCCCCCAGAGCAGCGGCGCCUCCUCCUCACAGGCCCCCAGAGCAGCGGCGCCUCCUCCUCACAGCCCCCCAGAGCAUGGGCGCCUCCUCCUCACAGCCCCCUAGAGCAGCGGCGCCUCCUCCUCACAGCCAUCCAGAGCAGCGGCUCCUCCUCCUCACAGCCCCCCAGAGCAUGGGCGCCUCCUCCUCACAGCUCCCCAGAGCAGCGGCUCCUCCUCCUCACAGCCCCCCAGAGCAUGGGCGCCUCCUCCUCACAGCCCCCCAGAGCAUGGGCGCCUCCUCCUCACAGCCCCCUAGAGCAGCGGCGCCUCCUCCUCACAGCCCCCCAGAGCAUGGGCGCCUCCACCUCACAGUCCCCCAGAGCAUGGGCGCCUCCUCCUCACAGCCCCCCAGAGCAUGGGCGCCUCCUCCUCACAGCCCCCCAGAGCAUGGGCGCCUCCUCCUCACAGCCCCCCAGAGCAGCGGCGCCUCCUCCUCACAGCCCCCCAGAGCAUGGGCGCCUCCUCCUCACAGCCCCCCAGAGCAGCGGCGCCUCCUCCUCACAGCCCUCCAGAGCAGCGGCGCCUCCUCCUCACAGCCCCCCAGAGCAUGGGCGCCUCCUCCUCACAGCCCCCCAGAGCAUGGGCGCCUCCUCCUCACGGCCCCCCAGAGCAUGGGCGCCUCCUCCUCACAGCCCCCCAGAGCAUGUUCGCCUCCUCCUCACAGCCCCCCAGACCAUGGGCGCCUCCUCCUCACAGCCUCCCAGAGCAGCGGCGCCUCCUCCUCACAGCCCCCCAGAGCAGCGGCUCCUCCUCCUCACAGCCCCCCAGAGCAUGGGCGCCUCCUCCUCACAGCCCCCCAGAGCAGCGGCUCCUCCUCCUCACAGCCCCCUAGAGCAGCGGCGCCUCCUCCUCACAGCCCCCCAGAGCAUGGCGCCUCCUCCUCACAGCCCCCUAGAGCAGCGGCGCCUCCUCCUCACAGCCCCCCAGAGCAUGGGCGCCUCCACCUCACAGCCCCCCAGAGCAUGGGCGCCUCCUCCUCACAGCCCCCCAGAGCAUGGGCGCCUCCUCCUCACAGCCCCCCAGAGCAUGGGCGCCUCCUCUUCACAGCCCCCCAGAGCAGCGGCGCCUCCUCCUCACAGCCCCCCAGAGCAGCAGCGCCUCCUCCUCACAGCCCCCCAAGCAUGGGCGCCUCCUCCUCAAAGCCCCCCAGAGCAUGGGCGCCUCCUCCUAACAGCCCCCCAGAGCAUGGGCGCCUCCUCCUCACAGCCCCCCAGAGCAGCGGCGCCUCCUCCUCACAGCCCCCCAGAGUAGCGGAGCCUCCUCCUCACAGCCCCCCAGAGCAUGGGCGCCUCCUCCUCACAGCCCUCCAGAGCAGCGGCACCUCCUCCUCACAGCCCCCCAGAGCAUGGGCGCCUCCUCCUCACAGCCCCCCAGAGCAGCGGCGCCUCCUCCUCACAGCCCCCCAGAGCAUGGGCGCCUCCUCCUCACAGCCCCCCAGAGCAUGGGCGCCUCCUCCUCACAGGCCCCCAGAGCAGCGGCGCCAUCCUCCUCACAGCCCCCCAGAGCAGCGGCGCCUCCUCCUCACAGCCCCCCAGAGCAGCGGCGCCUCCUCCUCACAGCCCCCCAGAGCAUGGGCGCCUCCUCCUCACAGCCCCCCAGAGCAUGGGCGCCUCCUCCUCACAGCCCCCCAGAGCAUGGCGCCUCCUCCUCACAGCCCCCAGAGCAGCGGCGCCUCCUCCUCACAGCCCCCCAGAGCAGCGGCGCCUCCUCCUCACAGCCCCCCAGAGCAAGGGCGCCUCCUCCUCAUAGCCCCCAGAGCAUGGGCGCCUCCUCCUCACAGCCCCCCAGAGCAUGGGCGCCUCCUCCUCACAACCCCCCCAGAGCAUAGGCGCCUCCUCCUCACAGCCCCCCAGAGCAUGGGCGCCUCCUCCUCACAGUCCCCCAGAGCAUGGGCGCCUCCUCCUCACAGCCCCCCAGAGCAGCGGCGCCUCCUCCCUCACCAGAGCAGCCCCCCAGAGCAGCGGCGCCUCUCCUCACAGCCCCCCAGAGCAGCGGCGCCUCCUCCUCACAGCCCCCCAAGAGCAGCAGCGCCUCCUCCUCACAGCCCCCCAGAGCAGCGGCGCCUCCUCCUCACAGCCCCCCCAGAGCAGCGGCGCCUCCUCCUCACAGCCCGCCAGAGCAUGGGCGCCUCCUCUUCACAGCACCCCAGAGCAUGGGCGCCUCCUCCUCACAGCCCUCCAGAGCAUGGGCGCCUCCUCCUCACAGCCCCCCCAGAGCAUGGCCGCCUCCUCCUCACAGCCCCCCAGAGCAGCGGCGCCUCCUCCUCACAGCCCCCCAGAGCAGCGGCGCCUCCUCCUCACAGCCCCCCCAGAGCAUGGGCGCCUCCUCCUCACAGCCCCCCAGAGCAUGGCCGCCUCCUCCUCACAGCCCCCCAGAGCAUGGGCGCCUCCUCCUCACAGCCUCCCAGAGCAGCGGCGCCUCCUCCUCACAGCCCCCCAGAGCAGCGGCGCCUCCUCCUCACAGCCCCCCAGAGCAUGGGCGCCUCCUCCUCACAGCCCCCCAGAGCAGCAGCGCCUCCUCCUCACAGCCCCCCAGAGCAUGGGCGCCUCCUCCUCACAGCCCCCCAGAGCAGCGGCGCCUCCUCCUCACAGCCCCCCACAGCAUGGGCGCCUCCUCCUCACAGCCCCCCAGAGCAUGGGCGCCUCCUCCUCACAGCCGCCCAGACCAUGGGCGCCUGCUCCUCACAGCCCCCCAGAGCAUGGGCGCCUUCUCCUCACAGCCCCCCAGAGCAUGGGCGCCUCCUCCUCACAGCCCCCCAGAGCAGCGGCGCCUCCUCCUCACAGCCCCCCAGAGCAGCGGCGCCUCUCCCUCACAGCCCCCCAGAGCAGCGGCGCCUCCUCCUCACAGCCCCCAAGAGCAGCAGCGCCUCCUCCUCACAGCCCCCCAGAGCAGCGGCGCCUCCUCCUCACAGCCCCCCCAGAGCAUGUUUGCCUCCUCCUCACAGCCCCCCAGAGCAAGGGCGCCUCCUCCUCAUAGCCCCACAGAGCAUGGGCGCCUCCUCCUCACAACCCCCCCAGAGCAUGGGCGCCUCCUCCUCACAGCCCCCCAGAGCAUGGGCGCCUCCUCCUCACAGUCCCCCAGAGCAUGGGCGCCUCCUCCUCACAGCCCCCCAGAGCAGCGGCGCCUCCUCCUCACAGCCCCCCAGAGCAGCGGCGCCUCUCCCUCACAGCCCCCCAGAGCAGCGGCGCCUCCUCCUCACAGCCCCCAAGAGCAGCAGCGCCUCCUCCUCACAGCCCCCCAGAGCAGCGGCGCCUCCUCCUCACAGCCCCCCCAGAGCAGCGGCGCCUCCUCCUCACAGCCCCCCAGAGCUUGGGCGCCUCCUCCUCACAGCCCCCCAGAGCAUGGGCGCCUCCUCCUCAUAA